UGGAACUGUUUGAGCAGCAAUCAUCAGGUUAGAGCGUGCAAGUCGGAUUAUUCGUGUCGCACGUGUCGUGAGCGUCAUCAUACUCUUCUACACCAUUCACCACCCUAUGCUCCACCCGCAACGGUAACAUUGUCAGCUCAGUCGAAUGAAGACAAUGUGUUUCUGGCGACGGCAAACAUCCAGAUCAAGGAUGACUACGGGAACACCCAUGAAGCAAGGGCUUUGUUGGAUUCGGGAUCCAUGUCGAAUUUCAUCGCUGAGGAGUUCGCACGGAAACUGCUGACGAGUCGCAAAAGGGUCAACGUCGCUGUAUCGGGCAUCGGCAAUGCAGUACAGCAGAUCAAGGGUUCCAUCGUCGCUACUGUUCAGUCCAAGACACAACCCUGCGCAACGUAGAUGACUUUCUUGGUUCUGGACACGCCAUGCGCAAAAAUACCUACAUCACCAACGGACGUCUCUUCAUGGAAAAUGCCGGACGUGGCAAUGGCGGACAGCACCUUUAACAGUCCGGGGCAAAUCGACAUCGUCAUCGGAGGCGAUACGUUCCGGGAGCUCCACACCGGUCGCAAGCGCUCUAUCGGUAGAGGCAAACCGUGGCUGGUCGAAACCCAUUUUGGUUGGGUUGUCACCGGCAACACUCAUCAUUCGUCCAUCGGUCCGCGGCUGUGCCAUCUAUCUGCAUACGACACUCCACUGGAGGAGACCAUGCAGCGGUUCUGGGAGAGUGAAACCAUAGCCGAGGAUCCUGUGCUAUCGGUUGAGGAGAAUACUUGCGAGAAGCAUUUCGCAGCAACAACUGUUCGCAACUCAAGUGGAAGGUAUGUCGUUAGUUUGCCAUUUAAUUCCAAACCCUAAUAUCGUUUUAGGAAAGGCGAAGGAAAUAGCCGAUCGCAGACUGCGUUGUAUCGAACGGCGGUUGAACACCAAUGCUAAAAUGAAAGAAGAGUAUGUGAAAUUUAUGAGAUAAUAUGAGCAUUUGGGGCAUAUGAAGCGGCUUACCAGUCCUGCUAACGAUUCGGUAGAGCAUUACUACCUCCCACAUCACGCUGUCGUUAAAGAGUCAAGCACAACCACGAAGGUGCGUGUCGUGUUCGAUGCAUCCUAUAAGACUUCGAGUGGUUACUCAUUGAACGAUAAACUCUUAGUGGGACCAGUCGUUCAAGACGAUCUUUUAUCGAUCAUCCUUCGGUUUCGUUCUCGUGCCAUUGCUCUCACUGCAGACGUAGAGAAGAUGUAUUGGCAAAUUUUACAUAGCCCUCAUCCGGUACAGAGAACAUCCUGCAGAUCCUAUAUCGACUUUUGAGCUACAAACGGUUACGUACGGCACAGCCUCUGCUCCAUUUUUGGCAACCAGGACCCUAAAACAGAUUGCUCUUGACCACAAGGAAGAGUAUCCUUUGGCAAUGAACGCGGUCAUGAACGAUUUUUACGUAGAUGAUUUGCUAAUGGGUACCGACGAUUUGUCCGAAGCAAUCGUUAUACAAAGGCAAAUCUCAGACAUGCUAAAUUCAGCUGGUUUCACGCUAAAGAAAUGGGCAUCGAACCGCACCGAAGCAUUGCAGAACGUUUCUUCAGAAGAUGUGGCGGUACAACUCACGCAUGCGUGGAAGAGCUCGAAACAAGUAUCCACGUUAGGCAUCGUUUGGGAACCGGCAACUGAUACACUACGGUUUCGUAUUGAGAUACCACCUACAACACCCAGCAUAACUAAA